AUGAUACAGACAGCCGAGGAAGAUGUACUUGCCGCUACAUCUCAAGCCGAGGCUCUUGAAGCAGCUAUCAACGCCGCCGAGCACUACAUGAAAGCCUUAAGCUUGUCGUCAACCUCAAAGGACAAAAAAGCUCUAGACGCUAAGUGCAAAGAUUGGCUUCUCCGGGCCGAAAGAAUCAAGGUAGCGAAAGAUUGGCGCCUUGCGAUUCGUGACCAUGGCAGCAAUGACCCAGUGACUCGUUACCCUAGAUCGGUGCGCAAACUCACAACUCGGGAGGAAAUCAUUCUUCUCGAGAGUGCGAAAUUGAACCAUGCGAUCUUUCCACCAUGGUCAAGUGCUCCAGGAUUUGAUGAGUUUGAACGUCAACUUGGGGAGGACCUCUUUACAGACUCGCCCGAACUCCAUCUCUCAAACCAACAGAGGGAUGUUUUUGCGGGCUGGAAACGACCAAAGGAGCUGCUUUUGCAAAAGCACGCAGGAGAAACAGAUAUUCCCACUCUCCCGGCGAUGGCCGUAACAGAGAAGACUGAUUUAGUGCAGGACAUGGUAACAGAUUGCUCUGUCGUUGCUAGUCUGUGCGCUAUUACAUCUAGGUACGAGCGUGGAAUAGAUAAGUUGCAGCUCCAUUACCCAGUGGUAUAUCCCUGCGAUCUUCGUUACACAGAUCCCAAGCUUUCACCUUCGGGGAAAUACAUCUUCUGUUUUUAUUUCAACGGGUGUUUUCGCAAGGUGGUCAUAGAUGAUCGCCUACCAUCGUCGAAAAAAUCACGGUCACUUCAUGUGGUCGACCGAAGCAAUCCUUGCUAUAUAUGGCCUGCCUUGGUGGAGAAAGCGUACCUGAAGCUUCGCGGGGGAUAUGACUUUCCUGGAAGUAACUCUGGAACAGACUUGUGGGUGCUGACAGGAUGGAUCCCUGAGCAAGUCUUCCUUCACCAUGAAGACGUCACUGGCGAACAGAUCUGGAGGCGGCUCUAUAAAGCAUUUCAAGCCGGUGAUGUUCUACUGACAAUAGGUACUGGAAGAUUGACAGAAAGGGAGCAGGAGGAACUUGGCUUAGUGAGUGAGCAUGACUAUGCCAUUCUGGAUAUGAAGGAGACCAAAAGCCGCCGUCAAAUGCUCGUGAAGAAUCCAUGGGCUGGCGAUUAUGACCAUGACAGCAACUUCGAACUCAGCUCUGGCUACGAAGAUACGUCUCAUGUCUCACCUGGAACCUUUUGGAUGGACUGUGAGGAUGUUCUUCAGAAUUUUGAAAAUCUAUAUCUGAAUUGGAAUCCCUCCCUGUUCAGAUGCCGACAAGAUCUUCACUUUACAUGGGACCUCACAACUGAUAGAGGACUGGCUGGUUGUUUCGCCAAGAACCCUCAGUUUUCUGUGUCCAGCAAUGCUGGCGGUACCGUCUGGUUACUGCUUGGAAAGCAUUUUCGGACAGUCGACCAUCACGACGAAUCUGGGCCAUCUGCCCAUUGCGACGAGCCCGGAUUCAUCAGCCUCUAUGUGUUUGAUGCAGGUGGUCAGCGAGUUUCCUUGAGUGACGGGGCACUUCAUCGUGGCCCCUAUGUUGAUUCGCCGAACACUCUAAUGAGGUUAGACAUGCCUUCAUACACGACCUACACCGUGGUAGUAUCCGAGCAAUCUUUACCAUCCGCAAAGCAACAUUUCACACUAUCUGCACUGUCCUCUAGUCCAGUGGGUAUCGCGCAUGCGCAGAAUAAAUACAAAUUCACAACAAAGGUCCAUGGCUCCUGGACCCCGUCGACUGCAGGAGGGAAUGCAGAGUCAGCCCGAUAUCCAUUCAAUCCCCAAUUUAGCUUUAAAAUCAGCAGUGCAACCGAUAUUUCGCUCCUCCUCGAGCCAGAGGAGUCCGACUUAGCAACGCAUGUUAAAUUGUUCUGGUCCAACGGUCAGCGUAUCUCCCGAGUUCGAAGCCGCGACAUUGCUGCCGACAGUGGGGACUACCGUCGCGGCGGCUCGCUUGCAGAGAAAUUGGGGCUUAGUGAAGGAGUCUACACAAUCGUCUGCUCGACUUUCGCGCCCGAUCAAUUGGGAAGCUUCAACCUCUGGGUUUCUUCCUCCGGUCCAUGUGAAGUAAAGCCACUGGCGCCAGAAGCCGCUGGGCGACGCGCAGUGAUAUCAGACAUUGGAGUCCUGUCCCCUGGGAAAGACCGGAUGCUGGCGCCGCUGGAGACCCCACGGCUGACGCGCCUUAAGAUAAUUGGAAGAAGCAGACAGUCCACGAUUGCGAACCGACCCGUUGGGCCUUCGCCCAUGCUGAUGACAGUCGAACUUGGCCAAGGACCUUACAAAGAGAUACUAGCAACAUCUGAAGACGGAAACCACAGUGAUGCCAUUUCGGGUGUGCGCAUCGAGGAUUUCAAUCUGCACCCUAAUCUUGAGGACCGUGGCGGAGCGUGGAUUGUCAUCGAGCGGAUUGGAGGACCUGGAGGACAGGUUGAAGACCACUUUGAGGUGGAAAUUCUAGGUGAAGAGAAGCUGUACGUUGGAGAAUGGAUAGUUGAGGAUGCAUGA